AUGCAAGCACUUUGGUCUCGAAUAGCGCAGACUGGUCUCGGAUGCCAUUGCCCGUCCUGUGUGGCUGCCGGUACCAGCGGCAUUGCUAGGCGAACAGGCAAUGCAGCGGGCAGGAGGCCAGUGAGAUGGGCUCUCUCGUCGACUUUCGUAUACUCGGGCAUCUUCGCCGCCGCUGCCACCACCGACGCCGGAUUCAAGCAAAAGAGACGUGAACAAUGGGACCGCGCUAUCGCGGACAUCAAACACGAUCUGGACCAGCCCGCACUGGAAACUCCCAAGGUCGAACGACAGCCCAGCCAGGCUAAGAAAGAGGACGAGGAGACUGUGCGAUGGAAACCGCUAUUCGAUGAGCCGCAACAAGUCAUGCUAGCAGGACCACAAUUUGGGGAGGGACCGGCGUGGCCAGCAAACACUGGCGCACGCUUGCACCGAGGUUCUCUCCCUCCAACUUCCAUUCACGCCGGCAUUCUGUCGCGCGAAAGAGCUCGUGCCUCUCGAUGGACGACAAAGAAGAUUCGUACGAACGAAUUGGCUGUUGACAAGCUCAUUCUCCGUACCUUGUUGCAUCUGGACAAUCUUGGAUCUCGCGAGCACAUAACGAAUACUGUAUCAGAAUCCUGUCUCGAUUUUUUUGGCGCUUCAACAACCCAUCUCAAGGCUCUUCUGCUCUUCACAAAUGAGCAACACCACGAGGCUUACAAUUAUCCGGAUCCCAAUGCUCAUCCAGAUGAUUUACCACGACAGCACAAGCAUGGCGUCACUUACAAACAGGAUGAAACCGGCGAUUUCCAUCGCAUUGCCGAAGAGCUGCACUCGGCCCUUGCUCAGCUGUUCAAGAGGACCAAAUCUGGACAAUUACCCUAUCAUGAUCUCAUCGCGAAAGUUGCCUACAAUCUCUACGUUUCCCCUGUCGCCCCUAGCUUGGACUGUUGGAACACCUUGCUCUGCGGGUUCUUGGAUUGCGAGGACGCUCACAUGGCCAAUCUUACUAUCCAAGCCAUCCAUAAUGCGAAUGUGCGUAGCAACGAGAUUACACUGAAGACGACUCUCAAAUACUACAUCAUGGUCAAUUCACGGUCCGGCUUUAUCACAUUCGUUGAUCGAAUGCGUGGUUUACGGGGUGGUCUUGCACUCGCAAAGCCCGGUAUUUCGAUCACCGACACCGGCCGUUCACGUUUGAUGGUAGAUCAGGCCACCAAAAAGGUGUAUCAAAAGCCAUACCCCAAUCCGGGUGUCUUGGAAGUGCUGAUCCAAGGUGUCUUGCAUUUCGUUGGCUUCGAUGCUGCACUUCGAGUGUGCAAGGAUAUGGGCAACAACGGAUGGGGAUUAUCCACCCGCGGAUUAACGUCAUUACUAGACGAUCGAGCACGCAAUGCCGACUACGCAGCUGGAUGUCAAAUCUGGGAUCUGAUAAAGUCGCUGCAGAGGGAAAGUCACCAAUCGAGGCAGCCCGAGAGGCUUUUCCCCCAGACGUAUACUGCCAUGUUACGCCUUUGCAGUGCGUGUAAUGAGAUGACUCGAUUUGAUUACAUUGUAAGUGAGGCACGUUCUGCCAGAUAUGCGCAUCAGGAAUUACUGGACCUGUUCAGGCAUGAGACACAUACCAAAUCUGGAAUACGACAGCUCCCACGUCCCCAAGUCGCUAUUCCGAACCUGGUAUAUAACGUCAGUGAAGAAGACUUCGACCUCAUCGAGGAGAAAGAGCCAAUAGGAAAGUCAAAGCCAGAGCAUGUAGCCGAGCUGAGUACAUCGCCAUCAGAUACUCUAGCUACGUCUACCGACUUUGAUCAGAUGGCUGGCUUGAGCGAGUCUGAAGAAGGCGGGUCAGCAUUAUCACAGAGGACCGUUGAUGAAAAGCUGGAUCAGCACGAAGAUGACUGGCUUGAUUCAUCCACGGCAGCUGGAGUUAGGGGAUAG